UAUCCAUUCCCACUCAUCCAAUUCCUUCAAAAUUGAAAAUUCCUUCUUACCCUUUUGGACUUUUUAUUUUCUUUUUCUUUUUUCUAAUUAAAAACAAUGUUUUUGCAUAUUUAUAUGUGCUAGUAAAAUAUGCAGAGAAAAUCACCGUUAACACCUGCAACCCAUAGAGAUAAUCAAGGAAGAAAAUCCAAGCAUAAGCAAUGAAAUUUGGGAAGGAGUUCAAGACCCACCUUGAGGAAACCCUGCCGGAGUGGAGGGACAAAUUUCUUUGUUACAAGCCCCUCAAGAAACUCCUCAAGCAGUUUCCUCCAACUUCUGAUGGCUCUCCCAAUCUAUUUCCGCCUCCCCCUGCCUCUGCUGAUCAUCCUCGGCCUGAGAGUGGUACAGACAGCUCCUUGGUGCUCCUCCAAGAAUGGUUUAUUAGGAUUUUAAAUGAAGAGCUCGACAAGUUCAAUGAUUUUUUUGUUGAUAAAGAGGAAGACUUCAUUAUCCGUUUUCAGGAACUGAAGGAAAGAAUUGAGAGUCUAAAGGAACAGAGCAGCAAGAAUGGAGUUUUUACAUCAGAGAGUGAAUUCAGUGAAGAAAUGAUGGACAUUCGUAAAGAUUUGGUCACUAUUCAUGGGGAAAUGGUGCUUUUGAAAAAUUAUAGCUCCCUAAAUUUUGCAGGGCUACUUAAGAUUUUGAAGAAGUACGAUAAACGAACUGGAGGAUUAUUGCGUCUACCUUUUACGCAACUUGCGCUUCGUCAGCCUUUUUUUACUACAGAAUCUCUAACGGGACUAGUCCAUGAAUGUGAGGCAAAUCUUGAACUCCUAUUUCCAUUGCAUGCAGAAGUCGUUGAAUCUACUAAUGCUGCACAAAAGCAGCCAAAUUGUGCAAUGAAUAAGUAUAACCCAGCAAAUAUCUCAUUCGAAUCAUCACCAACUCUUGGGGAUGACACCAUGGAUAUAUAUCGCAGCACCCUUGCUGCAAUGAAGGCUGUAAGAGGCCUUCAAAAAGCAAGCUCAACCUACAAUCCACUAUCUUUUUCAUCUCUCUUCAAGAACCAGGAUGAUGAAAACAAUGGUGCUGUAACAACUGAUAACUCAGUUUCAAACUCUUCAGCCAUGCUACAUAAUGGUGAGGAGUCUGAUGAAGAAGAUGUGCGUUCUGUCUAAGAGCUUUUAUAUUUUUGGUCCAGUAUCCUAUCAUUCCUCUUUUUUAUCUUGUUUUCUUUUUAUGAAACAAAGAUUUGUCAAACAGCAAUUAAGAAACUGUAUAAUGUCUCCUGCAGCAGUUUGUAUUAUCAUUAGGUGCCAAAUGUUUUAAGCAGCAAUAAGUUACGAAAUUGCAGAUGCUUUUCUUGGCUUCUA